UUUGAAUCUUAUAAACCUUCAUUUUCAAGUGAUAAUCAACACUUGCACUCAAUUGUUGUUUUGUUUUCAUUGCAUUUUGCAUCUAUGUUUUCCCAUUAUGAGCAAUUAUGUCCCAAAUGUUAUGCAAACAUGUAAUUAGAUUUGACCAGUGCACAAUAGUUAAUGCAUAAGACAACAUGCUGAAGUUUUAAGUGCACUAUAACAAGUGUAAUAAACUUGAAUUUCCUGAAACUGGAUUGUGUUCGAUUUUUCCAUGCUCAGACUUCUGGUCUUAAUCUGUGGUUUACCUAUUAUUGACACUAUUGCAUUAUUGGUUGCAAUUUCACUGCUACUGACAUUGGGAAAUUCUUUCAAACUGUCGUGGAAGACCGUUAAACAGCAUGACAAGGUAGUCCGAAACGUCAGAGCCAUAGUCCAGUUUACCCUGGUGAUCGUCGGAGGAAGGAUGGUGAUAGAGAGUUUGAGAAGGAUUCCAAAUUCAACCAGUCCAGCAGAGGCAGUGACUAUCACAGACAUUCUGACAAACAUGCACACAGGCCCUCUCAUGACUGUGCCAAAAAUGGGGAUUAUAGGAGGCAGCACAGACAUGGUGAUGAGGAAGAUAUGGGUUAUCACAGGUCAUCGCGCUCAGUGCAAGAAUCAAGGCGUGGCAACAAUUCUGACUACAUGAGGCAUGGCAGAAACGCUGAUAGGUCUAGAGAAAUUUGGCGAAGUGGAGAUAAAUACUCUACAGAUAAAUCCGGGAGCACAGGACAAAGAUUUAAAGACAAGGAUUACAGGCACAAUGAUAAAGAUUCUGAUAAGGGUAGAGAAGGUCGAGAUGAAAGAAAAGAUCGUCGCUGGAGUCCUGAAGAUUACAAAAAAGAUCACCGAUCCUCUCGUGAGGAGUCCAGAGCACAUGGGAAAGCUUUUAGUUCAGGAAGAGAGGGUGAUUCGACAAGAUUGAAAGACACUCUUAUUAGUGGCAACAAGGAAAUUGAUGUGCCAAAGGACAAGAGAAAAUACGAAGAUAGGGCAAGUGACAUGCGCUCAGAGAAAAACAGUAGAGAAGCAGAGGCAGAAGUGAAAAAUAAAGCAUCUCAGCAAAAUGCUUCACUGAAGAAACUAAAGCAUUGUGAUUCAGAAGGUGAUGAAGAUCCAUCCGCAAGUUCAAAGCAGGUUAAAGGAACAGCAGAGAAAUUUACUUUUGGACCGAGCAAUGCUUCUAUGAAUCAGUCUGAGACUGCUCAGGAUCUGAAUGCAGCAAAAGUUGCUGCAAUUAAAGCUGCUGAAGUAGUGAACCGUAACCUUGUUGGUGGCAGUAGCUACUUGUCUACAGACCAGAAGAAGAAGCUGCUCUGGGGUAAUAAAAAGAAUACUACUGCAGAAGAGAAACAGUUGGGAAAUCACUGGGAUUUGCAGCUAUUUGCAGACCGAGAACGCCAAGAGAAAUUCAAUAAACUCAUGAGUCUGAGGUUGCCUUGGUGCCUAUGGCCAAUUGUAGGGUGUAAAGGGCGAUGCCAUCCCAGAGCGAAAACCCAACGAGAUGGACGCCGAGAAGAAGCAGAAGCUCGAGAUGGACUUGGAGAAGCAGUACACUGCAGGACUCCGGCGAAGAGAUGGCCGAACUGUAGGCCUUGGGUUGUAAAUGUAACUAUCCUAACUAAUUUUCACUCUCCUUUCGAAUGUUUUGUUAUAAAUGUAGAAUUGCAAAUGCACCCCCUUUGUUCGCGGGAGAAGUUUCGGUUUGUUCUAUAUACUAAUGGAGAAUAUGUUGAUAUCUGUCCUUAUUGGUUCCAUCCUGGCGGCGCAAAGGAUCUGCUUGCCUUCCUCUUGCUUAUUUUAGGGUUAAUUGCACGUAGACCCCGUUGUGGUCUCAUUGUUUUGAACUGUAGUUUCAUUGUUGCAGUCAUAACUUCCCUCGGUUAAAA